UGUUCGCUCGCAGUCGGAGUUAGCGUACUACGGAUAAAUGAAAAAUGAAUUCCCUCUCCCUCUGCAACUCUCUUGACACUCUCCCUCUAAAACCCCUUAUUCACAAAACGGACCUCCAUUUCUCUCAAUCUCUUUUGUUUCACAAUUUUCCCUCUAAUUUCAAAACCAAACUUACUCUCAAACCACUCUCAUCCUCAUCACAAUGUUGCAUCAAAGCUGCCUCAGACAACCACGCCGCAACUUUUGAAAUCGACAUGGUCAGAAACAAGCAAGGAGUCUACACACAAAAAAACAACAACAGAGUCGUUGUUUUGUGGGACCUCGAUAACAAGCCGCCUCGUGGCCCGCCGUACGAUGCGGCCAUGUCGUUAAGACGGAUAGCUGAGAAGUUCGGGGAGGUAACUGACAUCUCUGCUUACGCCAACCGUCACGCGUUUAUUCACCUCCCUCAGUGGAUCAUCGAGGAACGCCGUGAGCGUAAGACGUUGGACAUUCUUGAACGCAGAGGAGUUGUGGUCCCCAGUGAUCCGUACAUUUGCGGAGUGUGUGGUCGCAAAUGUAAGACCAAUCAAGAUUUGAGGAAACAUUUUAAACAGUUACAUGAACGGGAGCGCCAAAAAAAAUUGAACCGAAUGAGAUCGUUGAAGGGGAAAAAGAGACAGAAAUAUAAAGAGAGAUAUAUAAGUGGGAAUGAAAAAUACAAUGAAGCGGCGAAGAAUUUGUUAAAGCCGAAAGUUGGUUAUGGGCUGGGAUCGGAGUUGAAGAGAGCUGGUGUAUUUGUUAAGACAGUUGAGGAUAAACCACAAGCUGCGGAUUGGGCGUUGAAGAGACAGAUGCAGCAUUCUAUGAGUAGAGGGAUUGACUGGAUGUUAUUGGUGUCAGAUGAUAAGGAUUUUAAGGAGAUGUUGAGGAAAGCGAGAGAGGCGAAUUUGGGGACGGUUGUGGUGGGAGAUUCAAAUAGAGGAUUGGGGCAGCAUGCGGAUUUGUGGGUGCCGUGGAUUGGGGUGGAGAAUGGGGAGUUGACAGAGAAGGAUUUGGUGCCUAAGAGAAGGAGUAAUGAGGAUUUUGAGAGGAAUGACAAUGAGUUGUUUUGUGCUAGGCAGUAUGAUAGGGUAUUUGAUUUUAAGAGUGAGACGGAUUUGGAUAAUGUGGUUAACGAGCUUGUUGCUGAAAGAACUGAGUUUCGUGGUGAGAGGAUUUCGAUGUUUUCAGAAGGAGAAGAGGAAGAUGAAGAUUGGGUGAUUGAGGAAGUGGAUGGAGACUAUUUCUUAAGGGAGGAGGGAAUUGAAGAAGAAGAUGGAUACUAUUGAUAUAAGCAAAUGCAGUUGGUUAUAUGAGGCAUGUUGUUGGGGCAUA